CCAGCUCCCGCGCAGCCAGCCUCGCUCCGCACGCCACGGGAGGGGGAAAAGACAAAGUGCAAAUGAAAGCCGCAACCAACAUCAGCUACUCUGGAAACAACAGCAACUGCACCAGCGAUAACAAAAUCAGUCAAGUCAUUUUUCCUUUGCUUUAUACAAUUCUGUUCCUGGUGGGCAUCACCAUGAAUGGCCUGGCAAUGUGGGUCUUUUUUAAAGUAUCCAGUAAAUCCAAUUUCAUCAUCUUCCUCAAGAACACUGUCAUUUCUGACUUCCUCAUGAUCUUGACUUUUCCAUUUAAAAUCCUUAGCGAUGCAAAGUUGGUAUCAUGGGUACUGAGGGGAUUUGUCUGCCAGGUCACUCAGGUGGUAUUUUACUUCACCAUGUACAUUAGCAUUUUGUUUCUUGGUCUAAUAACUAUCGAUCGCUAUCGGAAAGCCGCUUCGCCGUUCAGAACAUCAACACCAAGGAAACUGUUAGGUGCCAAGAUCCUGUCCAUGGCAAUCUGGAUAUUCAUGUUUGCUCUUUCAUUACCCAACAUGAUUCUAUCAAACAAGGAGAAAACGUCUAAGAACGUAAAAAAGUGUGCUCUCUUGAAAUCCGAGUUUGGCUUAGUCUGGCAUGAAAUUGUAAACUAUAUUUGUCAACUUAUCUUCUGGGUUAAUUUAGCAGUCGUGGUUGUAUGCUACAUACUCAUAAGUAAGGAACUGUACAAAUCCUAUAAAAGGACAAGAUGCACGGGAAAGGCAUCCAAAAAGACUGUAAAUCUGAAGGUUUUCAUCAUUAUCGCAGUGUUCUUUAUCUGUUUUGUGCCGUUCCACUUCACCAGAAUCCCCUACACGUUGAGCCAAACGAGAGACGUCUUCGAGUGCUCCGCCCAGAACACCUUGUUUUACCUGAAGGAGAGCACGCUGUGGCUGACAUCGCUCAACGCUUGCCUCGAUCCAUUCAUAUACUUUUUCCUUUGCAAAUCCUUCAGAAAGUCCUUGCUAGACAUGCUGCGCAAGCACACGGCACCCUCAGUACUCAGAGCACAGCUGAAGGAGCAGAACGAAGGCGAUGACACGGACGAGACACCGCUCUAGAGCUAAGAACCGCCCACACCCCUUCUUGGCCACAUGCAUUUAUUGGUGGCAGUAGCAGCACGAAUCCUGAGGAAGAAUACCUAGAAUGCCACCGGCUUUUUUAGAAAUUGUCCCACCAACGAAGCACAAGCACCCUGGAACCAUCCUGAAUAAAAGAGGAGCAGGAUCGGAUCCCAGCCUCCACCCUGUCAGAACUGCUAGGAAAAAGUCUGAACUUAUAGUAGGAACUGUAAGAAAA